UGCGAGAAGAGUUGAGCAGAACAACAAACUUCUCUAAAAACAAAUUUUUUAUUGAAAAUGACAUGCGCAGUAUCAUGUGCGUAGUAUCAUAUUUAACCAUCAGAUGGCACCAAAGAGAAAACUGUAAAAUAUCACGACACUUGCUUUGCGUAUUGCUGUGAGAUUUUGGCAACAUGGGGAAACAUUUUGGAAACCUUGCCAAAAUCAAUGGCGUUGUAUUCUUCCGACUCAGUCCGUACGAGCAGAAAGCCUUUGCGGGAAUGAUCUCUGAAGGGGUACCCAACACCAUUCGUCGCAUUCAAGGCAGCAUAUUCAGAGUUGCACCCUUCUUUAUGUUUUCCUACUUGCUUGUGAGUUGGGCGAAAGAGAAGAACCAUGCUCUUUCUCGCAAAAAUCCCAAGGAUUUUGAAAACGAUACGUGAAUAUAGGUGAAUAAAUUUCUGAUUAAUGAAUUAGUUUUUACUGUGAAAUAGCAAUUAAUCUUAGCUUCAACUCUGAAGUAAAAAAAAAUAAAACUAUUGUUAAGAAAUUAAUAUAUGUAUACUGAAAAGAU